GCUUUUGUUUGGCAGCAAUAGUUUCCUGGCUUGCAGUGGAUGUUGGGGGUUGUAGUACAAUUGUAGUACAGUGACAGCUGGAGGGCUGCUUACCUAUCAUUUGAUCUGCUGGCCAGAAGUUGACAUUUUGUCUUGGUCAGUCAUGCUGCUAGUUCAGUUAAACGCGGUACUUCAGCAAUACUAGGCAGAAACAUUAUUGCUUUAUAUGGUUAUUUGUAUUCACAAAUAUACAUAUAUUUAAAAAUCUUCUCAGUCUCCAUAUUGUGUGCUGCGCCUGCAGACACAGCCGAACAAACAACAUGCUGGCUUUCAGCUUUCAAAAUGAGCCAGCUUAGCUUGGGGCAGACAUAUUUACAUAUUCUUGUACAUUUUUAAGUCUUUCUGCAAUAACUUCAGUCAGAAAAAAAAAUACAGGGGCCUAAAGAUUUGCUGCCGAGAGGGCUGUACUAAUGAAAUGUGAGAAGGCCUAUUUCAGCUCCUGAGUUCUGAGUUGCAGUCAUGUUUGCUAUUUGACAACUUCCCUGACGUAAAGCACAUGCUUCCAGGAGGAGGAGGGUUCCUGGCUUUUCCUGUGCACAUAGAAUCUUUCAGAAACUACCGCUUGGUUAAAAAUGAAUCUGCGAGUUUUAAUGACCUUUAUAACAAUGAUAUGGAUGGGACUCUGUUUUCAGCACUGUGUGUUAAUAUAAUUGUGUAUAAUAUAUGUUUUAGGCAAUGUGGACGAAGCCUGAGAACCUCCACAGGGUGCUGAUCAAAACAUUUUGAGGACCUGAACAUUGACUGAACAUUUCAUGAAUGCCAUGAAACAAGACCAGCCAUAAUCAUUUAAAAGAAAUCUCCAGAACAUUAGAUGGCUACGCCAACAGAUCCAGGUGCAAUGCCUCACCCAGGGCCUUCCCCAGGGCCAGGACCAUCUCCAGGUCCAAUUCUGGGUCCUAGUCCAGGUCCAGGCCUGUCUCCAGGUUCAGUUCACAGCAUGAUGGGGCCAAGUCCAGGCCCACCUAGUGUUUCCCACCAGCUUUCCAACAUGGGCUCAUCAGAUUACGCACCAGAAAGUAUGCAUCAGAUGCACAAGCAACCAAUGGAUAACAUGCAUGAGAAAGGAAUGAGUGAUGAUUUGCACUGUGGUACCAUGAAAAGUUCAAGCAUGAGACCUCCUCACACAGGAAUGGGACCCCCACAGAGCCCAAUGGAUCAGCACAGUCAAGGAUAUAUGUCUCCACAUCCUUCCCCUUUGGGAGCACCUGAACAUGUGUCCAGUCCAAUGUCAGGAGGUGGACCAACACCACCACAGAUACCACCAGCUCAACCAGGACUAAUGAUCCAGGGAGAGACCCAAGUUAUAAGCCAGCCUACUCGUGGGCCGUCAGCCUUUAGCCAGGUUCAGCUUCAUCAACUUCGAGCUCAAAUUUUAGCUUAUAAAAUGUUGGCAAGAGGACAGGCUUUAUCCGAAAAUCUGCAGCUUGCAGUGCAGGGAAAGAGAACUCUUCCUGCUGUUCAGCAACAACAGCAGCAGCAACAAUCCCAACAACAACCCUCUGCUACUUAUAGCAGGCCACCUAGUAUGGCAAUGCAUGCAAUGCCUGUCCCUCCUGCUGGGGCAGGGCCAGCCACUGGAAUUUCAGGCCAUGUUGCGGGCAUGAUGCAGAAGCCUUGGGGAGAAGCAGGACAAAGUUCAGAUCUGAAUGUCCCAAAUGCUCAGCAGAAGAUUGUGGUACCACCACCAAGUGGAAGACCUUCUCCAGCACCGCAGACAGCUCCACCCUCUGUUUCUCUAGCUGGACCUUCUGUACCCCAACCAACUCCUGGACAGCCUGCUCCAAUUCAGCUUCAGCAGAAACAGAACCGUAUUAGCCCAAUCCAAAAACCACAGGGCUUGGAUCCUGUUGAAAUACUACAAGAACGAGAAUACAGGCUUCAAGCUCGCAUUGCUCAUAGGAUCCAAGAACUGGAAAACUUACCUGGUUCACUACCACCUGAUCUUCGAACGAAAGCAACAGUGGAGUUAAAAGCACUUCGGCUUCUGAAUUUUCAGCGGCAGCUGAGACAGGAAGUGGUGGCAUGUAUGAGACGGGAUACAACACUUGAGACAGCGCUGAAUUCUAAAGCAUACAAACGAAGUAAGAGGCAGACUUUGCGUGAGGCCCGCAUGACUGAAAAGCUUGAGAAGCAGCAAAAGAUUGAGCAGGAAAGAAAACGAAGGCAAAAACAUCAGGAAUAUUUGAACAGUAUAUUGCAACAUGCUAAGGACUUUAAAGAAUAUCAUCGUUCAGUCACAGGCAAGAUUCAGAAACUCUCCAAAGCAGUUGCCACAUGGCAUGCCAACACAGAGCGGGAGCAGAAGAAAGAAACUGAGCGAAUUGAAAAGGAAAGAAUGAGAAGGCUUAUGGCAGAAGAUGAAGAAGGUUACCGAAAACUGAUUGACCAGAAGAAAGAUCGCCGUCUGGCUUAUCUUCUGCAGCAAACUGAUGAAUAUGUGGCUAACCUGACCAGUUUGGUGUGGGAGCACAAGAAAGCUCAAGCUGCCAAGGAGAAAAAGAAGAAGAAGAGAAAGAAGAAGGCAGAGGAGACUGUGGAAGGAGUGAUCUCAGGCCUAGGAGUUGAUGGAGAGCUAAUAGAUGAGAGCAGCCAAAUGAGUGAUCUACCUGUCAAGGUUAUUCAUACUGAAACAGGAAAAGUACUUCUUGCUCCUGAAGCCCCCAAAGCAAGUCAGCUUGAAACAUGGCUGGAGAUGAACCCAGGAUAUGAAGUUGCUCCAAGGUCAGACAGUGAAGGAAGUAGCUCAGAGUAUGAAGAGGAGGAGGAUGAAGAAGACUCUAGUAGACUGGACUCAGAGGAAAAGAAACGCCUUAGUCUUAACACAGAAGACGUUGUAGAGCAUGAUGCUAAACAGAUAAUAGAGACAGCAAAGCAGGAUGUAGACGACGAGUACAGUAUGCAAGAGGAUCACCGUCAAUCUCAGUCCUACUAUGGUGUGGCUCACGCUGUCACAGAGAGGGUUGAGAAGCAGUCUACUCUUCUAGUCAACGGCAGUUUAAAACAUUACCAGAUACAGGGUUUGGAAUGGAUGGUUUCUUUGUUCAACAACAAUUUAAAUGGAAUCCUGGCAGAUGAAAUGGGGCUUGGAAAGACAAUUCAGACUAUUGCACUCAUAACCUACCUGAUGGAACACAAGAGGCUAAAUGGGCCAUACCUUAUUAUAGUUCCUCUUUCGACUUUGUCCAACUGGCAGUAUGAAUUUGAUAAAUGGGCUCCUUCAGUAGUGAAAAUUGCUUACAAGGGAACACCAGCAAUGAGGCGUUCUCUAGUUCCUCAACUAAGAACUGGAAAGUUUAAUGUUCUGCUAACCACCUAUGAGUAUAUUAUAAAAGACAAGCACAUACUGGCAAAGAUCAGAUGGAAAUAUAUGAUCGUUGAUGAGGGGCAUAGAAUGAAGAACCAUCACUGCAAGUUAACACAGGUGUUGAACACGCACUAUGUUGCCCCAAGACGCAUUCUACUGACUGGCACUCCACUUCAAAACAAGCUUCCAGAGCUCUGGGCUCUUCUUAACUUUCUACUCCCUACUAUCUUUAAGAGCUGCAGCACUUUUGAGCAGUGGUUUAAUGCUCCAUUUGCAAUGACAGGAGAAAGGGUGGAUUUAAAUGAAGAGGAAACCAUACUAAUUAUCCGACGUCUACACAAAGUUUUGCGUCCUUUCUUGCUGCGGAGACUGAAGAAAGAGGUGGAAUCUCAGUUACCUGAAAAGGUUGAGUAUGUGAUUAAAUGUGAUAUGUCGGCUCUUCAGAAGAUUCUGUAUCGCCAUAUGCAAGCCAAGGGGAUCCUUCUUACAGACGGCUCAGAAAAAGAUAAGAAGGGUAAAGGAGGAGCAAAAACUCUCAUGAACACCAUUAUGCAGUUAAGAAAAAUAUGCAACCACCCCUUCAUUUUCCAGCAUAUUGAGGAAUCUUUUGCUGAACAUCUGGGAUAUGCCAAUGGCAUCAUCAAUGGGCCUGAUCUUUACAGAACCUCCGGAAAGUUUGAAUUACUUGAUCGAAUCCUACCAAAGCUGCGAGCCACAAACCACAGAGUCCUGCUUUUCUGUCAGAUGACUUCACUCAUGACUAUAAUGGAAGACUAUUUUGCUUUCCGAAACUUUCUUUACCUUCGAUUAGAUGGUACAACCAAGUCAGAUGACCGUGCUGCAUUGCUGAAAAAGUUUAAUGAAAAAGGUUCUCCGUACUUCAUCUUCUUGUUGAGUACCAGAGCUGGAGGUCUCGGACUGAACCUUCAAGCCGCAGACACAGUCGUUAUUUAUGACAGUGACUGGAAUCCUCACCAGGACUUGCAGGCACAGGACCGAGCUCACAGAAUUGGCCAACAAAAUGAAGUUCGUGUGCUUCGCUUGUGCACUGUAAAUAGUGUGGAGGAGAAAAUUCUGGCAGCUGCCAAAUACAAGCUGAAUGUGGAUCAGAAGGUUAUCCAAGCCGGCAUGUUUGACCAGAAAUCUUCAGGCCAUGAACGCAGGGCAUUUCUUCAAGCUAUACUGGAGCAUGAAGAACAGAAUGAGAGCCAAAAGAAAGAUGACCUGACAGGAGAUAAUUCCCAAGAAGGUGCAAGCCAGGAAGAAGAUGAAGUUCCCGAUGAUGAAACCCUUAAUCAGAUGAUAGCAAGACAUGAAGAAGAAUUUGAACUUUUUAUGAGGAUGGAUCUAGAUAGACGUAGAGAGGAUGCUCGCAAUCCAAACCGCAAGCCACGUCUGAUGGAAGAGGAUGACCUGCCCUCUUGGAUCAUCAAAGAUGAUGCUGAAGUUGAGAGGCUAACCUGUGAUGAAGAUGAGGAAAAGAUAUUUGGAAGAGGGUCACGUCACCGCAGGGAUGUGGAUUAUAGUGAUGCACUCACAGACAAGCAGUGGAUCAGAGCUAUCGAAGACGGGAAUUUGGAGGAAAUGGAAGAGGAAGUACGGCUGAAAAAACACAAAAGACGCAGAAAUGUGGACAAAGAAGUUGUUAAAGAAGAUGGGGAAAAGACCAAAAAGAGAAGAGGACGGCCACCCGCAGAAAAAUUAUCUCCAAAUCCACCCAAACUAACCAAGCAGAUGAAUGCUGUAGUGGAUACUGUUAUCAACUACAAGGACAGCAAUGGAAGGCAACUUAGUGAAGUUUUCAUUCAGCUUCCUUCUAGGAAAGAAUUGCCGGAGUAUUAUGAACUGAUCCGCAAACCUGUUGACUUCAGAAAAAUAAAGGAUAGAAUUCGUAAUCACAAAUACAGAAGUAUUAGUGAUCUUGAGAAAGAUAUCAUGUUACUUUGUCAUAAUGCUCAGACAUUCAAUUUGGAAGGAUCCCAGAUUUAUGAGGAUUCCAUUGUUCUACAAUCAGUCUUUAGGAGUGCAAGACAAAAGAUUGUCAAAGAAGAAGAGAGUGAAGAAGACAGCAAUGAUGAGGAAGACGAUGAGGACGAUGAUGAGUCAGAAUCUGAGUCUAAGUCCGUGAAAGUCAAAAUCAAGCUGAGUAAGAAGGAUGACAAGGCCAGAGAAAAGGGAAAAGGAAAAAAGAGGCAAAGUCGAGGCAAAGCCAAGCCAGUUGUGAGUGACUAUGACAGUGAAGAAGAUCAAGACGACAAUGAACCAUCAGAAGGAAGUGGGAGUGAUGAUGAAUGAUCCUUAAAAGACUUGAUUUCUGGUCAGAUUUCUACAUUUCUAUGUUCCAAACCAUCUAAUGGAUUUUUCUAAGAACAAACACUGGGGUUGUACUUUCAUCAUCUAGAAGUAGCAUUAGAAUAGUUCCAGCCAAACAUGAUCUCAUCGUGUAAACCAAUAAAAAUCUUUGUAACAUAUUGUGACCAAAUGGGCCAAUCUUUGAUGGAGAACUGUGGAUCAGUUGGUUAUCGUUGUGGGUCAAGAUUCACCUGGAAAUGUGCCUGUGCCCAUGUUUAGAGACAGCUACAAAUCCUGCAGAGCUGAAGACAUGAUAUUUUGUAGCAAGUCAUUCAAGACACCAACAAAUAUAACUGGCUAUUUUAUUUUUGUCAGGCAGUUUUAACAAUUCUUACAUUGCUGUGGUUCAGUAUUUGUGUGUUCUGUUUUUAUCUUUGUGGUACAUUUAUGGAACUUCUUAAAUAUGGGUUAAGCCUUUGAGUGCUGGAGGAGCCUGUAAAACAUUGGUUCUCAUAUAUUGGCUCUCAUAGCUCGCAAGGCGUUAAAACAUACUCCCACCUCCAAUUUGCUCCUGCCCCCUUGAUUUAAAGCUUUUGAUUGCAAAAUUCUGCUACACAUUUAAACUAUAUGGCUAAAGUCCUUUUUUUUCUUUUAUUAUCUUUUGUUAUCAAAAAUACACGGUUUGUUUAAACUUAUCAAAUGUUGCAAACGAUAUAUAGUGUAAUGGAAUGCUUAUUCCUCCCCUUUCUUCAAACUGAUCUUUGUUACCAAUGUGGAUAAUCAGCUUUUCCCUAAAGUGUACUUAAUCUUUGCUUUCUUUGCACAAUGUCUUUGGUUGCAAUUCAUAAGCCUGAGGCAAAUAAAAUUCCAGCAAUUUUGUUGUUUGCUCUUUCCUGCAAAA